UCUCUUGUCAGCUCGGCUACUUUCCACUCACCUUCACUGAUUCAACUCUCAUUGCCUUGUUCCGUUCCUCCCGAAUCAUCAUCCCAUGUCCGUGCUUCAAUUCAUCACAGACCGCCGAAUGAGCUGAUGUCUGAAACAUAUCCAUAACAUAACUCGAAAUCGAACCAUCCAGCCCCAAGUAAACCGUCUCAAGAACAACUCACAAUCACCACUUACAACCAAAAACACAAACCACCAAAAAUAAGCGAUAAAAGAUGUCGGAACCACCAAACAAACCCGUCCUAGUCCAGUGGAUCCUCGACACGCGGUCCUGGUUCCCCUCAGCCGCUAAGACCCGCGAUCUCGAAGUCCAUGCAUCCCGCCCCCUCUCCCUCCUCACCCCCACCGAGCGCGCCUCCGUGCUCAAAUACUUCCACGUCCGCGACGCCAAAAUGGCUCUAGCCUCCGCCCUACUCAAGCAGUACGCCAUCGCGCGCCUGGCAAGCGUGUCCUGGUCAUCCACCACGCCCGGGUUCACGCGCGACGAGCGCACCACGAAGCCCAUUUGGCGCAACCCUUUGACUGGCGCACAACCGGUAUCCUUCAAUGUGUCGCACCAGGCGGGGAUCGUCGCGCUCGUGGCUGUGGCGGACUAUCCCAGUCCGGGGCGGGCGGAGGCGGUUCAAGUUGGCGUGGAUGUGGUCUGUACUUCAGAGCGCAGAGAUCGUGAUCAGGAGCUCAUCCGCAAGGAAGGGUGGGGCAGCUUUGUGGAUAUGCAUGCUGAUGUUUUUGCGGUUGGGGAGACGAGUUAUUUGAAGUAUCAGGUGUUGAGCGCUGUGCCGGGGUUGGUGCCUAGGGAUAAUGAAGGGGGGCCGCCGACGCCGGAGCAGGUGGCGGAUGGGAAGCUGAGGGCUUUUUAUGCGCUUUGGGCAUUGAGAGAGGCGUAUGUGAAGUUAACGGGUGAGGCGUUGCUGGCUGAGUGGUUGGGGGAGUUGGAGUUUAGGUAUUUUAAGCCGAGUAGGCCGACGCCGGCUUGGGAUGUGCCGGCUGUUGAGACGAAGGAGAAUGAAGAGGAGGGAGAGGAUGCGCAGGUGCUCAGGAAGUUUGAGAUAAGGUUUAGGGGGAAGAAGGUGGAGGAUGUGAAUAUGUGCUUGCGAUCAAUGGGACCGGAUUACAUGGUUGCUACGGCUGUAAGGACGCCAGCGGACCCGAGUGCUGGACUGGCAUGGAACUUGGGGCCGUAUGAGGUAAUGGCGCUGGAUGACGUGUUGGGCUUUGCAGAGUCGGCGGUGUAAAAGAGCUGUCGGUUUGGCAAGCGAAGAUGGUUUUGAAUGUGAAAUGUAAUACAUCAAUCCCCCAUAGCCGUUACGAAUGAAUAGAGGUACCGAGAAUAUCGAUAGAGAAAGGACAUGAUUGAUACUUGUGCCGCACUGCC